GACUGUCGAAGUAUUCUGGAAUAUGAUCUAGAGCGAAAAACUAGAAGUAGAAAAGAAGAAAGAUAAAUAAUCGCAGUUAAUCCACACACAAAAGAGUACUGAACAACACAUCGCUCUUUAUUCUGUGUCUGUGAUCGCUCAUUUUGUUUUUACUCGAUGCGAAUCGAUGACAAGUGGAAUGGUUUGAGACGUCGACAUUUUAUAGGUAGAACUGCUAAAGAAGGUGACGCCUAGAACUCUCUUUCAAGGAUGGGGUCGACUAUAUGAGACCAGUUUUACUUCACUUUUUGUUGUCCUUAUUUUGUUCCAAUUGCUUCUAUUGCUCACAUCACAUGUAUUUCUUUGGAUAAAAUAAAAGUUAUCAGUUUGGGUUUUUGAUAAGUAGUACAACAAUUUGUAAGCACUAAAUAUGAAACACAUGUUUAAAAGGAUCGUAAUAUCUUCUUAAGAUCCUCUGCUUCCUAUUUUUCGUAAAAUUUCGGCGUUGUAUUGUUCAUGAUUAACAGAGAUCAAGGGGUCGUGACGAUCAGCACAGUGCGAUUUAUAAAGCAAUGCUGCGGGUGAGAAACAGGGCAAUUCUCGGCACCCGGCAUAGCGCGAGGAUGUGUCUGUUGAGAACAUUAAUACUUUGUGUUUUUCUCUCUCCGAUAAUCGUGGAAGGUCUUCAGCUGCUUCCACAGACCCGUGAGGAUCCUAACAAUCUGAAACAUGCAGAUGAAGAGGAAAUCAAGUCAGUGAUGGAGGGAGAUUCUGUCACAUUACACACUGAUGUUACUCACAUACAGAGACGUGAUCAGAUACUGUGGAUGUUUGGAGCUCAAGGGAUUCCAAUAGCUGAUAUUUAUAAUCAGAAACCCAACACAUAUCAAACUGGAAGAUAUGGUGGUAGACUGCAGAUCAACAGUCAGACUGGAUCUCUCACCAUCACAAACAUGAGAACAACAGACUCUGGACUUUAUAGAUUAGAGGUCAUCAACGGGAAAGAAACAUUGUUCAAGAGAUUUAAUCUAAAUGCCUAUGCUCGUCUGCCUGUUCCUGUCAUCAUCAGAAACUCUUCUCAAUGUUCUUCAUCAUCAGAAAGAUCUUCAGUGUCAAAAUGUGUGUUGUUGUGUUCAGUGAUGAAUGUGACACAUGUGAGUCUCUCUUGGUACAAAGGAAACAGUUUAUUGUCCAGCAUCAAUGUGUCUGAUCUCAACAUCAGACUCUCUCUACCUCUGGAGGUGGAAUAUCAAGACAACAACACAUACAGAUGUGUGAUCAAUAAUCCCAUCACAAACUGCACACAACAUCUACACAUCAAUGAUGUCUGCCACACGUGUUCAGGUUUACGUCAUACUGACUGGGUUGUCAUCAUAGCGGUUAUUUUCAUUCUAAUAUCAGCAGCUGGUCUGGUCUGUUUUGUCAAGAUUGUAGCAGUCAAACACUGUCGGAUCAAUGAACAAGAACUGCAGGAAUCCAAUGUAGAAGAGACGCUAUCUUUGAAUCACUUGAACAAUUUGGGAGCCACAAGUGAUAUGGUUUCUGCACCAGCAGUUUCAAAUGGAGUCUUCACCUGCUGUCCAUGUGGUCAUAUUGUUUAAUCAUGUCUAAUUGUAAAUGAAUAAAUAUUAAAAUUUACAUAAUUUCUUGUGCAAUCUGAUGUAAUUUGUAUUUAUUUUGUAG